ACCGUCACCUCCCAUCCGCCUCCUUCUCCUGCCCAUAUAUCCCUACCCAAAUACUUAACAAAUCCGAGGGAAGGCUCUCCCUUCCCGUCUACCUUCCCACACGGCUACACCGGCUGCCAGGAUCCGCACUGCCCUAGAUUAACGCUUGGCUUUUUUUGGAUGCAAUAUGUCUUUGCUUAGACGAAGAAGGGCCCCGCCGCCGCCCCCAUCGCAUAUCGACGGCAGCGUCGCGUCACCUGCGUCUGUAGUUGAGGAGAAGGAUGACAAGGAGAAGAAGGCGAAAGGAAAGGAGGUGAAAGGGCGGUGGUCUUGCUGGGAUAGCUGUUGCUGGUUGAUCGGGUGCAUAUGUACGGCGUGGUGGUUGCUGCUAUUCCUUUACAAUGCGAUGCCACCGUCGUUCCCGCAGUACGUCACCGAAGCAAUCACUGGCCCGAUGUCGGAUCCGCCUGGGUUAAAGCUGCGGAAGGAAGGGCUCCGCGCCCGACAUCCGGUUGUCUUUGUUCCGGGGAUUGUUACGGGCGGACUGGAGCUCUGGGAAGGGCACCAUUGCGCCGAAGGGUUGUUUCGCAAGCGACUAUGGGGAGGAACCUUCGGAGAAAUUUAUAAACGACCGUUAUGCUGGGUUGAGCAUAUGUCCCUAGACAAUGAAAGUGGAUUGGAUCCUCCGGGCGUUAGAAUUAGGCCUGUUACAGGACUGGUGGCAGCAGACUAUUUUGCUCCUGGAUAUUUUGUUUGGGCAGUGCUAAUUGCUAAUUUAGCACGCAUUGGUUAUGAAGAGAAGACAAUGUAUAUGGCGGCUUAUGAUUGGAGGCUCUCUUUUCAGAACACUGAGGUAAGAGAUCAGACCCUAAGCAGAAUAAAAAGUAAUAUAGAACUCAUGGUAGCUACAAAUGGUGGGAACAAAGUUGUAGUUAUUCCGCAUUCCAUGGGAGUCUUAUACUUCCUGCACUUUAUGAAGUGGGUUGAGGAACCAGCUCCAAUGGGCGGCGGCGGCGGUGUAGAUUGGUGUGCAAAGCACAUAAAAGCUGUGAUGAAUAUUGGCGGACCUUUCUUGGGUGUUCCAAAGGCUGUUACAGGACUUUUCUCAGCUGAAGCUAAGGAUGUUGCUGUUGCUAGAGCAAUUGCACCUGGUGUGCUAGAUUCUGAUUUUCUUGGGCUUCAGACCUUGCGAUAUGUUAUGCAUAUGACAAGAACGUGGGAUUCAACAAUGUCAAUGCUUCCCAAAGGGGGUGAUACUAUUUGGGGUGGUUUAGACUGGUCUCCAGAAGAAGGCUAUGAGUGCACCUCUAAGAAGUUGAAGAGCAAUGAUUCUCAUGUUUCAGAUGAUAGUGAUUCAGAAAAUGGGAAAUCUCAACCGCACCACAUAAAUUAUGGAAGAAUUAUAUCUUUUGGAAAAGAUGUUGCUAAAAUGUCUUCUUCCAAGAUAGAGAGAAUAGAAUUUAGAGAUGCUGUCAAGGGUAGUAAUUUGGGGCCUACAAAUGCUUCUUGUAAUGAUGUUUGGACAGAGUACCAUGAGUUUGGAGUGGGAGGAGCCAAAGCAGUUGCUGACCACAAAGUAUAUACAGCUGGUUCUAUAUUGGACCUUCUUCAUUUUGUUGCUCCAAAGAUGAUGCAACGUGGCAGUGCUCAUUUUUCUUAUGGGAUUGCUGAUAACUUGGAUGAUCCAAAAUACAGCCACUAUAAAUAUUGGUCAAACCCUUUGGAGACAAAAUUACCUCAUGCCCCUGAUAUGGAAAUAUAUUCCAUGUAUGGAGUAGGAAUUCCUACCGAAAGAGCAUAUGUUUACAAGUUAUCUCCCUCAUCUGAGUGCAACAUACCUUUCCAGAUCGAUACCUCUGCUGAGGGCGGAAGUGAUCAGAGCUGUUUGCAAGGUGGUGUGUUUUUAGCUAAUGGUGAUGAGACUGUGCCAGUUUUGAGUGCAGGCUACAUGUGUGUUAAAGGAUGGCGUGGGAAGACUCGAUUUAACCCAUCUGGUAUCAAAACUUACAUUAGAGAGUAUGACCAUGCACCUCCGGCUAAUUUAUUAGAAGGCAGGGGAACCCAAAGUGGCGCUCAUGUUGAUAUCAUGGGCAAUUUUGCCUUAAUUGAGGAUAUUAUUAGAGUUGCAGCAGGAGCCACUGGAGAGGAUUUGGGUGGUGAUCAAGUCUACUCGGAUAUAUUUAAAUGGUCUGAGAGGAUCAAUCUACACCUAUAAAGUUUGCUGG